AUAAUUACACAUCAACAGCUAGCGAACGACCGUGUCGCUCUUUGGUUCGUUUCGUUUGCUUCCACGCACAGCUGCAUCUACAUACAUUAGCAGGCAGAAGGAGCAGUAGUCUGGAAGGUGAAAGUUGUUCCAGUCCUAAGACAGAUAUUGUCCCGUAUUUUCCGGUGGGAUUAAGGGAAUUUCCGACUGGAAUCCGGUAGCCUCGGACGGCUGCCAUCGGUGAAAGAUUGUGAAACAAACCUGAUCCAUCCAACGGGCAACGGGAAGAGAAGGGUGCUCACUGCAAACGCAAAUCAUGGCCAUACCGAAUCAAUACCUGGAAAAGACGGAGGAUGUCGCGGAUCAGGUUAUCCGCAAAGGUAAACACGUCCUGCCACACGUCGCCCGGCUUUGUCUGAUAGCGACCUUCCUCGAGGACGGCAUCCGAAUGUGGGUCCAGUGGAACGAACAGCGCGAAUACAUGGAUAUGAGCUGGGGUUGCGGUAAAUUUCUGGCUACCACCUUUGUGUUAAUCAAUCUGAUCGGUCAAAUUGGUGGCUGUGUUAUGGUUUUGGGACGACUGAAGGUCACCAUCGCAUGCGGGAUUCUGUUCUUCAUCGUCGUACUACAGACCAUUGCCUACUCCAUUCUCUGGGACAUUCAAUUUCUGCUGCGCAAUCUGGCCCUGAUCGGUGCACUGCUGCUGGUGUUGGCGGAAUCUCGCGGCGAAGCUCGCAGCCUGUUUGCCGGCGUACCGUCAUUGGGUGAGAAUAAACCGAAAAACUUCAUGCAACUGGCCGGUCGAAUUCUGUUGGCAUUCAUGUUCGUGACGUUGAUCCGCUUCGAGCUUAGCUUCCUGCAGAUCCUGCAGGACAUACUCGGUUCGAUCCUGAUGGUUCUGGUGACGAUUGGCUACAAGACGAAACUGUCCGCGAUGAUUCUGGUGGCACUGCUGACGGUGCUGAACCUGUACCAUAAUGCCUGGUGGACCAUUCCGGCCUACAAGCCACUGCGGGACUUUCUGAAGUAUGACUUCUUCCAAACGCUCUCGGUCAUCGGUGGACUGCUGAUGAUUGUUUCGCUGGGACCGGGCGGAGUCUCCAUGGAUGAGCACAAAAAGAAGUGGUAAAAUCGUUGAUAUUGUUUUGUCGUAACAGGGCGCGCACGAGAGAGAGAGACAGAGCGAAAGAGAAGAGAUGUAAACGGGAAUACACACACACUAUGAUAUGAUAGGAUUUUUUUAAUAUAAAAUAUUUUUAAAAGAAUUGUUCAACUCGUCACAUGAUGGCGGUGUAGCAGCGCGGCGGAGGAGCCUUUAAAGAACUCACUAUUCCUUCAGGUACUACAACUUUUGAAAGACACACCGAAUCAGAGGGGGAAUAAACAUCCAUCGACAUGUGAUACGAUCAUCAAGGGACAACAGAUCAAAGUGAAACACUUUCUCCACAAGGCGUCGUCAGUCAGAACGAAACAGGGGGUGUGACUGUUGACCCAUAUUCCGACUAGCCUUUAUGUGCAUUUUGUUUAAUGUUCGUGUUGUUGUAAUUGUCUGUAAUUGUCCGGAUAGCGACAAACAGAAGAAACGGCCGACUAUAGCUGAACAAACACAUCCACGCAGCACCUAACACUUAAGCUAAUAAGGGGGUAAAAAGUAUACACAUUAACUGAAUAAAACCGGAAACUGAUUAGAUUUUUAGCUAAACUAAGCCGAACCCGUGUUCUAUUGUUUUGUUUUGUUUUGUCUGUUUUUUCCACUCCAUCUUUGGCCGAUCGACCGUACUAAGAACCCAUUUCGUCCCUAUUAUUUUAAGUAUUGCGUUUAACAAAUCUCGAAACAGAAAAAGAAUUGUGCCAACGGUCUAAAAUAUAACAUCGAUGAAACUGUACACUUGGAACGGGUCUUCACUUAUCCCGUCCGAUCGUAAAUGUAAACGUAAUGUGCGCUCACAGCUUGGAAUGAUCAAUAAACGAAAUGACUGUCUACGUAGAA